UGGCAAAUGCACAUGGGGACAUGAUAUGUCCGUUUUCAAUGACUUGUUGGUUAAACUUGUAACGUAGAAAAAAUGGGGUUAAAGCUAACUAAAUUAGGACAGAAAUCUGUAUUUGAAAAUAAGCUCCACAUGAGUAUUUACGUUUCGUGUGGAUUAUUGGGAGCUGGGGAUGUUGUUUGCCAGGGAUGUGAAAUGUUGGUGAACAAGAAUCUCCAUCAGAAGUUCAACAGGAAUCGGACAGAGUCAAUGUUUCUAAUUGGCUUAGCGAUGGCUCCUUUUGGUCAAAUAUGGUACUUUAGAUUGAUGGAGAAGUUAAUACCUGGUGCACCCAGCAUGGAAAUUGCACUGAAGAAAGUUCUGGCAGAUCAGAUAGUUGCUGGCCCAGUAUUUAUUAGUUUCUUCCUUUUUGGGAAAGAAUUACUCGAAGGUAGAGGUGGGUCAGUUGGGAUCACAGAGUUAAAAGACAAAUUUCUACCUCUGUACAUGGCUAGUUGGUGUGUUUGGCCUCCUGCUCAGCUCCUACUCUUCAAGUUUUUGCCUGCUGAACGACGUUUUAGAUACCUGGCAGGUGUAACAUUCUGCUGGAAUUUCUUCUUAUCCUGGUAUACACAUAAGGAUUUACCUUUGUAUAUUGGUAAAGAGAAGAAAAAAUGAAGAAAUUAAAAGUUCAUCAUAUGAUGCAUGAAUAAAUUUAUAUUUAUUGAAACAAUCAGAGAUAUUUGAAUGUUUGUGUGUGUGUUUGUGUAUGUACCAGAAAUAUGUGAAAUUCUGAAGACUUGGCAAAGAUUACAUCCUCCUGUAUUUGAGUCUAUAGGUUAACUGCAUUAUAGUUGAUGAUAUAUGAUUCAUUUUCAUCCAAAUAGUUGUAACAAUCUUGUAUGUAAUUCAAACUUUGUCAUUUUGUUUCUCAUGUUUUCGACGAUAUAUCAUACUAUAUUAAAAACAACUUAUUUUUAAGGUGGUGUGGGGCAUAUGUCAUUAUUAAUUUGGAUUAAAGUACAUUAUAAUUAAAAUCACAAUAUUUUACCAAAAACUAUGUUUCAAAAAUUUUUGGAAAGGUAAAAAUUUUAAUAUCCGCAGCAGGAUUCAAACUCAAAUGACUUACAAAUUCAUAGAGAAACCUGUAAGAGUUGAUUUUAUUGUUUAUUUUGAUAUAUAAUAUGUCAUAACAUGGAGGUGUCCCAUGUACCACCUUAAAAUCACAGAUUUAUUUUUAACACAAUGAUAAACCAUUUCAAACAUAUUUUUGUAAAAAUUACAUGUAAGGGAAUUAACCCUGGUUGUUCUGGAGAGAAAGGGAAGGAGUUAUUUAGUUAAACAAAUUAUGAAGCAAUUGUUGUAUCAAAUUUCUGUUACAGUACUUUACUUCCCUUUAUGUUGUUAUAAGUUUGUUUAAAAAAGGAUUUACUGUACUUAUGACACCAUAACAAUUUAUCUAAUUAUACCCCCGCAAACGAAGUUUAGGGGGGUAUAUUGGUUUCACCCUGUCCGUCUGUCCGUCUGUCUGUCUGUCCGUCUGUCCGUCUGUCUGUAGACGCAACUUUGUCCCCCCUAUAGAAUUUUUUAUUACUGCAUGGAACAGUUUGAAAAUUUGUACAUAUGUUGAACACCAUCUGAAGAUGUGCACCUGCAAUUUUUUUUAAGAUCAGACAAGAUUUAAUGAUUUUAUGACAGUAUUCAUUUUCCUUAUUCUAUAUAUUGUACACUAAUGUUGAAAAGUAAGGGAGGUAAUCCUUACAGAUUUUAUUAAUUAAUUAAUAGAAAACACUCUAAAAUAUAUUUAUAUAAAUACAUCCAGAUGUAGUUUUUUGUCUUUAUGUCUUAAUUAAUAAAAAAAAAAAAUUUUUUUAUAAGUAUUCUAUCAACUGACAAUGCAAAGUUUUUGUUUGUCAAUGAUAAAUUCUUAGGAGCUAAUGAGAACAUCAAAGACAAGUGUGGCUGAAUUCAUUUGUCCCAAGGGAGCCAUUAUCUGAGCCAUGGCUCAGAUGGAGCAUGUGUUUAGGGGAAAUUGAUAAUCUGUAAAAUGGGUGAUGGUUUUGGGGCUAUUUUAAAACUUUCAUGUAAACCAAAAGGUCUAUCAUUAUAAGGAAAUAAAUAAUAUAAUUAUUAAUAAAGAAGUUAAACUAUUUUUAGAGGUUGUUUAAAUUUAUUUGUCAAGUAAUUUGAUGAAGUGACCCUAUUUGGCAUUAAUUUAAAUGAAAUUCAAAAUUACUGAUAUGAUUGUAGUGUUUUGGCAAUUUUAAAAUUGUUUGUAAUAUUAAAUUUUCUUUUUUACAUAUUUUUACAUAGUAUGGUAAUUAUGGUAAUGUUUUGGGAGUUUAUUAAAUUUAACAAGUUCAUCAAAGAAAAUCAUAGUCCUAUGGGAUCAAUUUUCUGAUAUGGAGUUCAAUUGUGCCAUAGGAGAAAGUGAGGAAAAUUUGAAACAACUAAUUGCAUCUCUCAAGACUCUUAUUAGAAAGAUACUGAAAGUUUUAUCAACAGAAGAGCAUUGCUUGGCUACCGGUAUUUCUAUUCACUGCAAAGGGAGGGGUUAUUGUCAUUUUGUUGGUUUUUCUUUAAAUCAAUUAAAUUAAAAAAAUAUAUCAUCAAAUACAUACAUUUGUAAAUGUAUUACUGUUAUAGAUAUGUAUUUACAGUGAAAUUCUGACAAUUUUGAUUUUAAUUUUUCUUUGUUAACUAUUUUUUUUUUUUUUACAAUUCUAGAAUUUUUUUUUUUGUAUGUGUUCCAAACCUUAAUUAUUAUUCAAUUCAAUUAUUUGUCCCAUUUGAAAUUAGCCUAGCGGGGGUAUUAGUCCCAUUAGGACAGUUCUAGUUGUACUUGAUUUUUGUUAUAAAUAAAUGAUGAUACAGUAUCUUGAGACAUAAAUUUUCAUUUCAAGGUUUGUGUAAAUAAGCAAUGAUUUCAUCAUAUAUUGUCUCAAAACAUUACCAGUAUGUGCGAUCUUCUCCCUUCUGCAGUUGCAUGAGGGGAGUAUCUUGUAUCUCAUUAAAGUGUUGACCAUUGUGAGUAAAUGAUACUGUGAAUUCCCUGUUUAAAGUGAAGAGUUAAUAUUUGCGAAAAAAUCUGAGAAGCACUCUACGCAGAUUUUAAAUUCUUGUUUUUAUUUAUUUUUUGUGAGCUAUAUGAUAAAUUAUUACAAAAGUUU